GACACGGUCGCACACUCGCACUCGCAUCGCACGGCCCAGUCCAACUGCGAACUGUCCAAGCCAAUACCGCCCCACCCUUGUCCCCCCUCAACCCUAGAACCCGAGCGCCUCCCUGUUCCCCCUCUCGCUCUCGCGUGUCCCGUCGAGCUUUCCCGGCGACGGCGACAUCUCUUCGCCCCCUUCUCCGACUACCGGCCGCCGCUCAAUCCCUCCUCGCUACCAGAUCGACGGCCACACCUUCGUCCUUUCACUUCCUAUCGGGCGUCGGCGGAUCUACGCGGGCAGCUUCCCUCUUUAUCGGCGGUCCGUCCUACCCGGCUUCCAUCCAUGGCUGGGAGACACACCAUCAUUCUGAUGCAACCAUCCCAAAACAGGGGUUCUAGAACAUUUAUGGAUUAUAAUUCAGUGAACCAUGCAUUGGAUGGAAUCUGUGGUCUCUAUGAAAGGAAGAUAAGGGACAUCAACCCAAUGGUCCCGAACAUAACCUAUGAUAUCACCGAUCUGUACAACUUCAUUGAUGGUCUAGCUGACAUCAGUGCGCUAGUCUAUGAUCACUCAAUCCAGGCAUUUCUGCCAUAUGACCGGCAAUGGAUAAAGCAGAAGUUGUUUCAGCACCUGAAGAAGCUGGCUCAGCGGUAGUUACUGGUGUUGGUUUGGCUUGUUGUCACCAGCAGGCAAGCGUAGGUGAUACACUAUCCGAUUGGUGUACCAGAAGGUGAUCCUUGUAAAAUGAAAGAAUUUUGCAUCCCGUGCUUGUAUUUCUGGAUGUUUAACUCAUAUUUCGGUGGUGGUUUGCCUCUGGCACCUUAUAUAUAAGAUAAACGUAUUUGCUUGCCUUAA